AUGCAUUUAUUCAUAUAUAUUUUCUCUCUCUUCUUCCUCUUCUUUCACUGCAACCAGUGUGUUGUUACUCUGCAAUGAAGGUUUCAGCAGUGGCGAAUCUCGAGUUCUGAACUUCCACAGCGAACGGAGUCGCACUACGGAGGACUUCCAACAUGUUGGACGGAAUACUUGGGAGAGGCUUCACGGCGAAAUGCAAAUCGUUGAUCAAAUUGACGAAGAGUCGGAUUGAUGUGAUACGGAGGAAGAGAAGAGCGACAGAGAAGUUUCUGAAGAAGGAUAUUGCUGAUCUAUUAUUCAACGGUCUCGAUAUUAAUGCCUACGGAAGGGCGGAAGGACUCGUGGUUGAGUUAACACUGUCCUCUUGCUAUGGUUUCGUUGAGCAAUGCUGUGAGUUUGUGUUGAAGCACCUCCCAGCGAUGCAGAAGCUGAGUGGUUGCCCUGAGGAAUGUAGGAUGGCUGUAUCGUCUCUGAUGUUUGGUGCUGCAAGAUUUUCUGAUUUACCAGAGUUACGUGACCUUAGACAAAUAUUUCAGGAGAGAUAUGGAAAUUCCAUGGAAUGCUAUGUCAAUAAAGAGUUUGCUGCAAAUUUGAAUUUCAAGUCUUCUACAUUGGAGAACAAGGUCUGCUUGAUGCAGGAUAUUGCAUCAGAGUUUUCAAUAAACUGGGACUCCAAUGCUUUCAAACUGCGGAUGUCGAGAUCCUCUGCAGUGGAACAGGAACACAAUGCUUGUAUGUCUAACCAUGAUAAACCAUCACAAGGCAAGUAUCUUACCCAAAGGGAAGGUAGGAAUGAUGUUUUGUUAGAGGAAAAUCGUGAUCUUGCCGAUGAUGGAUGGAGAUUUCAGCAUGACAAGGAAGCUGUAGCCUUAAACAGACAUGAACAUAAUCUUCAGUCUAAAUCCAUACUCCCUGGGGUUAAGGAAGUUCAUCAGAAAAGGGAUGGCCGUGAUGAUCCAGGAAGGCAUGAGGUUACAGUUGAGAAGAGCGACAGCGGCUAUCGGAAGGAGAGUAGUAUGCUAAAACCGAUUGGGCAUCCAUCUCCGUAUAAAACUGUGGAACAAAUCGAAGGUGGUUCUAAGCUGCAUAAUAGUAGGGUGCAUAUCACCCCUCCCAGAGAAAACCAGGUUGGUAUGCUAAAGCUGACUGGACAACAAUCUCAGAAGAAAAAUGUGGAACAACUUGAAGGUGGUUCCAAGCUGCAUAAUAGUAGGGGGCAUAUCACCCCUCCCAGAGAAAACCAGGUUGGUAUGCUAAAGCUGACUGGACACCAAUCUCAGAAGAAAAAAGUGGAACAACUUGAAGGUGGUUCCAAGCUGCAUUAUAGUAGUGGGAAUACCACCCCUCCAAUAGAAAACCUGAGCAGUAUGCUAAAACCGAUUGGACAUCCAUCUGAGCAGAAAGCAUUGGAACGAUUUGAAGGUGGUUCCAAAGUGCCCAAUAGUUGGGGGAAUACCACUCCUCUGAGAGAAAACCAAGUUAGUACGAUAAAACCAAUUCAUCGUUUAUCCCAGAAGAAAACAAUGGAAAAAAUUGAAUGUGGUUCCAGGCUUGAUGAUAGUUGGGGGAAUACCACCCCUCUAAGAGAAAACCAGGACACUGCAACUGCUAGGAAGUCUCCCAGUCAUGCGGGAUCACAUUUCAAUAGUAAUGCAAAGGAGCCAUUCUCUGUUAAUCAUGUUGGCCCACCUGUAACUGAUAAAUCCGAGAGAAAUGUUCGAAGGGAUGAAACACCUACACUGAAGUCCUACUACAGUAAUGUCAUUCCACCUCCAUAUGUUAAACAACCUAAUUCUAAGCAGCAGAAUAUCACACGUGGAGCAUCUUCAAUUACCGACAGUGGUGGCCUCUCUACAUAUCAUUCAGCACAUGAGAAGCUCGAUAUCACUGUGACGGAGAGGGUUCAAAUAGGUUUGAAUAGUUCUGACCAGGAUUGGCAGGGCAAUUCACACGAGAGACUGAGCAAACAGAAUCGUGAAAAAGAAAUAUCAUUUCGACAAGAUGCUGAAGAAGUCCCUCUGCUAAAACCAAGAUCUACGAGGAGAAGGCACUCAAGAUCACGACCGCCAAGUUACUACGAUGCCUCUAAUGAAGACUCUGGAGUUCAGAGAAAAUCAAGGAGCAGAAGCAGGAGACGAGAUGAUUCAAGACGUGGUCUGCAAGCUGUGUUUGAGGAAGAGCGGUAUCAAAAUGCUGAAGAGGAGAGGAUAAUAGAUAAAUUGCUGAUCCAUUAUAGCAAAAAACCAUCCGUCCUUGUGCCAGAAAAAUUAAAAAGAAACUCUAAAAUUCACCAUGCACAUCAAAUGGAUGUCUCAACCAAGGAAUUGCAGAAGAGUGGAAGCGGCGAUGGAUCUGAUGAGACACCAGUGUUGGUUAGUCAUGCAUCACGAUCAUUUUCCCUUCCUCGUGAACAACGGAGAGAAGUGGAAGUUAAGAAAGUAUUUAAUCGCGCUGCUACAUUUGAGCCAGUUAGAUCACACGACGCUCGGCAUGUGCAUCCUAAUUUACCUGACUAUGAAGAUCUAGCAGCUAGGAUUGCAGCUCUAAGAGGAUGAUAAAGGGUAAAUUACAGAAGAUUGCAUUGUGGUACUUUUAUGAUCAUCGUGCUUUAAUAUGUACAAUGUUUGUGCCUGGAAUUACAGAAGAUUGCAUUGUGGUGCUUUUAUAAAUCGUCAUGCAUGAUCUCGUCUGUGUUGGUUGACAAUAGUGACUCUGCCAUCAUCUUACAUAUGCUACGGGCUAUACAGAACAUCAAUUCAAGUUUUGUCUUUUAUGAUGGUAGAAGUGUUUGUAACAAAAAAUUACCUUCUUCCUACUUUCUUGGGGUCGGCUAAUGGGGAAUAAAAGAUGUUGAGACAGACGCUAUUGGUUCAGAGCCUCUCUUACUAGCCCCCUUUUUUUCUGAUAAUGCUGUUUACACGUUUAUAAAUACAUUAUUUUGUAACUAUUGCAUAAUUUA